AUGUCUCAGACUGUACCUAUUCGCACAGAGAGGCCAAGAAUUCUUUCUCAGCGUUCUAAUUUAAAUAGUGCUGCUACAUCAUUUCCUGGAUUCGUUCCAGGUACAUCUUUUGAUGCAUCUGCCCCAUCUAGGCGAGAGACUCUGCAGGAGUUUCAGCGACUUGAAAUGAUGUUGGAGGUGGAAACACCGUUGUAUACAGAUAGUGGUUUAGUUCUUUCUGAUGAUGAUGAUAAUGAUAAUGAUGAUGGCCGUUGUGGUAAUCGUGAUAUAGAUAAUAUACGUAUAGAGUAUGAUGAAAGAAGUGCAACGAAAUUAAGAGGGGAGUCCGCUACAAAAGCUUCUCUCCGUGAGGCUAGAGAGGAGUAUGUAGGUAAACCCUUACACACAGAUCCAUGUCAAAUAGAAAGUAUCUGGUUAGAAGCACAGCGAGAGUCUCAAUUAGAGGAAGCUGCUGCUUCACCCCAUAUGGGUGAAACCUUUUUGAGUGGACAACAUAUUUCUCUCGGAAAUAAUGGUGAACUUUGCUCUGAAACUCAUGAAACUAUUAUGGAAGACCUUACAAAACUGGAAGAUCGCUUGAAGCGAGCACGAAGUAGACAACGAGAAGAACGUUUGCAUCGAAGUUCUUCAGUAGGUGUAUAUGAAGGAAAGGAGUCAUCUGGGAGUGAAGAAACUAGAUCUUCUUGUGGGGAAUCAGAAUUUGAUCCAGAACGGUAUGUAGCGCCAUUGUUGUAUCCUACAGAAAUGUUGAGUGGUACGGAUUUAUUCUUACUAAACCAUAGAGAAGAAGAGAAGACUGAUGUGUGUAGUACCACUCUUCAUGAGAUUUUGCCUGAUGCUGCCAGUCUGCAGGAGGCUUUGCGACUCUUACAGUACAGUAUUCAUUCCAAUCGUCCUGAUGUGCUGGCAUGUGUACAACGUUGCAAAGAUGAGCAACAGCAACAACAUCAGCAGCUUCUUGUAACUAGACAUAUGAAAUCUCCAGUCAGAGAGGAUAAAAGAUCUCCUACCAAAAUGGCCAAUGAAACUAAAACCGCUACCAUAACAACAAGAGAAACCAAACACACUGAAGUUUCAACUCGUGCCCGUCCGGUAGUGGGUUGGCGACUUCCCACUGAUGAUGAGCAUAACAAUAUUCCUACCACUACUCCUACUACCACCCCUACUACUACUACUACUACUACUACUAAUAGUAAUAAUAAUAAUAAUACUCAUCAUCGUCAUGAUCAUGAUGAUAAUGAUGAUGAUGAUGGGUUAGCACAAGAGUUGCGUACGGAGCUGCAGGAACAACGGCGAAUGAUUGAACGGCUAGCGGUGGCCCAAGAGGCGAAUCUCCAGCGGCCUCAGCGGCCAACCCCCAUUCUCUCUACUGCUCCUAUUCUCUCUACACUUGAGAGGAGUGAACCUCGGCCAAUGCAGACUCCCCAGCGAGAUCCCACACGACCAUUGCCGCCGGUCAUUACAAUAACUAACAAUCGCCCACCAGCACAGGCAGUACCACAGGCUCCAUAUCCUCAUCCUCCUCCUCAUUAUAUGCAAGAUGAGUUGCGGCGUUUACACCGUCAGUAUGAACGUAUUCUACGGGAUGAACGGCAUGCAUGGAUGGACUUAAUGCAGAAACAAAAGGAUGCCUUCACUAGAGAGAAACAUGCAGCGAUGGAGUCACUACGAUAUAGUACCGUACAGCAACAGAGGGAAAAUACGGAGGAGAUUAAACGUGCUUUAGUGAGUCAAGAACAAAGGCAUAGACGUUGGCAACAUGUGACUGAUCUGCAACAGCAGAAGGAACUUGAAAAGUUAUUAGGCAAGAGUAUGCCUGUUAGUGCUAUUGGUAAUAAGGAAAAUAUUACCGCAGCUUUGAUAGCACAAGGUCACCACCCAUAUUCUCAAAGAGAACUAAAACGAACUGUAAAGCAAAAAAUGAAAAAACAAGGUGGUUUACAACAAGUAAAGGAAAACAAGAAAGGAGAAGAAGAGGAAGAAGAAAAAGAAAAAGAUUCAUCAGACAAGAUAAAGAAUAGUAAAGCAAAACGACCUCCCGUAAAGGGACCGUUUCGUGUUGUGUUACCCAAAGAAGAAGAAGAAGAAAAUGAAGAAAAAGAAGCGAAAAAUGAAGUGCAGGAUUUUGUAAAUGAUAGUUCUGUAGCGCUUGAAAAAAACAGAAUGAAUACAACUCAAUUGAUCUAUAGUGAGACUGAAGGUGGUGCUCGUGUAUUUACUGGACGAAAGAAAAUCAUGUCAUCAACGCAGUCGCCAGUAGGGAGACGACGUUCUACAACGCGACAAACACAGCGUUUGCCUCGUGAUUCUUCCGCUAAGCGUCAAGUGAGAAGUACAAGAGGAAUAACUAAAAAUAUCUCAAAAACUGAAAAUCAGAGUACUCAGUUAAAUUCUCAUCCUGUUGAGUCUGCUGAAAGUAAAGAUGUAACUUCAUACGCUUUUGCCGUUGAGGAUGCUCAAACUGCUUCUCCACGAAAAUUUCAGACCACCGCAGAGAGUAUUCUCUCUUCCUCUUCCACCUCUUCACUAUCACCACCUCCUCCACCUCUCGCACGCUCACAUUAUGGUGACAAGUGGCAAAACCAACGGGCCGUUACAGCAGCACAGGCGUUAUUUCUGCGGGAGGUGGUGUUACUAUCAGACCAAUUAACACCUGAGGAAUCUGAGAAACGACGAAGUUUAGAAUAUGCUUAUGACGCUUCUCGCUAUAUUCCAUCUCCUGUAGUUCAGAAGGAAAGUUCUACAGAACCUUCUCGUGCCUGUGAUAUGUAUUACUUUGGUCAAGAGUAUGGUAAUUUAACACCACGUCGUCGGGCGAAACUGCGUGCGGUCGAAGCGCAAACACGAUUGGAAGCAAGACGUCGUUUGGAACGCCUAAAGGCCCUUUCAUUACCUCCAAGAGUUCAAAAACUUGGUGAAGCUCCCCCACAUUUAUACGAACAGAUCGAUGGUGAGGAUUAUACACGACAAGAGGAACGAAUAGCAGAUCUCAUUGCCAAUGAGACGAUUCACUCUAUUAUUGGAGAUGCUGCGGAACAGAGUUUAUUUUCUGAUUUACUCCGAGAAUUAGAGAGUGAGUUGGUAAGAAGUGAAUUACGUUCUAUGACUACAAGCAAAAUGAAGUUGAAAAAAGGAGGUGAGGAAGAUCAAUUAGGGGAAGUACAAGAUGCACCUGAGAUUAUGCUUGUAGAACGAGUGGAUAUAACAUCAACAUCUGGUACUGGUGGUAAUAUUAUUAAUGAAGAAUUAUCAUUAGAUGAAACAGUUUUACGUUGUAUAGAAGAAGCCAUUAUGCAGUCCAUUUUAAAAACGGAUGAAGAAGAAAAUAAAGCCAAAACAAGCAUAAUAAAGGAAAAAGAAGAAGAAAAGGAGCAAAGGGUGGAAACAGUUGCAAAAACGAACCUCCAAUCUGACGAAACUGUGGAAAUCUUGUUAGAAGAAGUUUCUAGAAUUGAAGACAAUCCAGUAUGGGUACGAGAAGUUGUCUCUACCACGAAAGAUCCACUUUGGUCGAAUGAAAUAGUUACUGGACCACCACAAGGAGGAGUAUCACUCCAGCAGCAAUUACCACCACCACCACCACAACAACAACAACAACAACAACAACAACAGUCUGUAAUUAAAAAAGAGGAUCCUCAACCCCCUUCCAAUACCUCAAACGCAGGUGUAGUGCUCUCUUUAACUGGAUCUGGUAGUAGUAGUGUUGUGACUGCUGAAGGUGGAACACUUCGAAUUGUUCUUGAUGUUGCACCAGUGAUGCAGCACCUUACGGAUACGAUGUCCCAAUUACAACCACAAGUGCGAUCAACAUCUUUACAACAACAACAACCUAUACAGAGAGUUGAAAUUGCUAGUGAAGACAGAAGGUUAUUUUCUGAUACCGAUGAAGAAUUAUGUUUCUCUGAAGUGCUAGAUGUACCCGUCAGGACAGGAAUCCAUAAUACAUUGAUGGAUAAACCAUUUAUUCUUUCACAGUCAAUACAAGAAAGUUUAAUUCCUCGAGUAGUUCAACUCACAGAGGUUGGUACUGUAUCGACGAGUGUUAUCCCUUCAAGUGGUGUACAAAGUGAUUUACAUCCUUCGAUAAAAAUGCAAAAUCCACCUGUAUUGAAAAAUGAGGUUUUACCAGAAACAACUCUCAUUAGUCAAGAAAAAGAAAGAGAAAAACAGUUAAAACGGGAACAAGAAAAGGAACAAAAAAUAUUUCAAGAAGAAGAGUCACUUCAACGUCAAAUGUUAAACGAUCAAGAGGAAACUUUACGAUCCUCAUGGUAUAUGAUGUGGGACUGGCAUCAAAUGAAUCUUUCACUGUUACAGAAGCAAUCUCAACAGAAGCAGAGAGAUCAAGAUUUAGAGGAGGAACAUAAUGAAAAGAAAAUAUUAAAUAUUAAUCCUAUUCUACAAGAGUCUACAAUUGUGGGUAAUGUAGAUUUACAUCCUAAUGAAUCUAGAUUACCACCAGUACCUUCUCCUGUUGAAAUUCGUGAUCCUAUUACAAGGUUUAUAUUUGAAUGGAUGCAUGAAUAUGAUGAAAAAAAUACGGUUUAUGAAAAACAAGAACCAAAAUCUUUUCUAGAACGAUUACAUGAGGCAAGUUAUAUUGCAGAAGGUAAGAUACCUGUUAAUAUGGCUAAUGGUGAAGAUGAUGGGAAUACUUCAUCUACUGUUCUGGAUGUACGUCGACAGUUACUCUUAGAUAUUGACCAGAAUAAUGAUUCCUCUUCUUGGCUUUCUUCUACACAUCCCAGUAGUAUUACUGAAAAUGGAUUUCCACAAUUUGUGAAACGAUCAUACGGUGCUCCUGUGAGGAAAUAUCCACAUCGUACGUAUCGUCACAGUGAUGAAAAUCUAUCUUCCAUGACAACAGAGACAACUCAAUUCUACUCUUCCUCUUCUUCUUCUCCUCCUGUGCAGGUAUUUAAUUCAUCUCCUAUGCCUAAUACAACAACAACUACUACUACUACUACAGCUACUACUAACACUAGUUCUGGUGGUACGAGGUCUUCUACAAACUCAUCAGAAAAACCAAAACUUCGUGAAAGAAUGUUACGUCACUUACGUAGUAUACAACCACAUGAGCAACAUCAACAAGUGCAUCAGUGGACAGUGGAAGAACUGCGACAGAAAGUAGAGAAUAUUCAAGAAGCAGAAAAAACGGCUGCUGCUUCGGCUGCUACCAUUGCGAGAGAUGCAACCCGCAUGAUGGGAUUUGCUAAUGAGCAAUUAAUAUUUACAGGUCCUCCUGUUCAAUCUACGCCAUCUCCACAGCAACCUCAAUGGUGGUAG